CGAUUAUGCUGAACUGCGGUGCACCCGUCUAUGGCCGAUGACGUUUCCGGGCAAAAGCAGUGAGACAGGAGCGCCCUUCUCAAAUGAACAGUAAUCUGCGCAGCUCCAUCAUGUUUGUCAAUAAUGCAGUAUGGCGCAUCAUCCAGAAACAUACAUCUCUUUUCCAUAAAAUAUAUGUUUGAAUUGUCAAACUAAUUUGAACUGGGAAGGCGGAUAAAUCGUUUUUAUCAAAAGCAAUCACUUUUACAUCUGAAAAGACAGAAUCCUACUCGUUACUCCACGUGCUUAUUUAUGUCACUUUUGUUUUGGGCCAAUUUCGCUGUGGGCUUUGAACGGGCUCACGAAUGCAAUCACGCUUCACCCGGUGUAAAACACGAUAACGGGCGCCCGGGCCAGAUUAAUCGAAUCCCCUCAGUGACUGCACCUGCGCUCUACUGUAAUUUCCCGGUCAUUACCAAAAGUGCCGAUUUCAAUCAUCACUGACGAACAUUUCCGUCAAAGCACGAAUAUAUUACCAUUAACUUUAAUCUGAACAAUGUAUCGAACAUCCAAAGAAACCAAGUGAAUCUCUCCCCGGGAAAAUGCCGAGCGAGCAGACAAAAACGGCACCUGGGAACAUUACAGAGAAAAAAUCAACACACCAACAAGGGAGUCCAGCACAGCUGAAUGGGUUUAAUUUAGCUCAUGAUGUCACCAAUCCCUCAUCCCAGCCACAGUUUGAGUCCCGCCCCCCGUCCCCUGCACCCCCACCAGACCCACUUAUUCUCCCAAGAGAGCAGUGGGGUGGGAAGUAUGAGUUUCUGCUCUCCUGUAUCGGCUACUGUGUGGGACUGGGGAAUGUGUGGAGGUUUCCCUACCUCUGCUACCGCAAUGGAGGAGGUGUGUUCCUCAUCCCCUACUUCAUCAUGCUCUUCUUCACCGGUGUCCCCCUCUUUCUCAUGGAGCUAAGUCUAGGCCAGUAUGGAGCUGCUGGACCAAUCACAGUGUGGAAGUGCUGCCCCCUCCUCAAAGGCAUUGGCAUUGGGAUGCUUUGUGUGUCUAUGCUGGUGUGCCUCUACUACAAUGUGAUCAUAGCCUGGACAUUCUACUACCUGGGCAGCUCUUUCCAGAGCCCCCUGCCCUGGUCCUGUGAUGCCCCAGCCAAUGCUUACCUCUGUGGGAACGCCACACUGAACAGCUCCUCUGGCAGAGCCCUCAGCCCCUCAGAGGUCUUCUGGAAUGAGCGUGUUCUGGGUGUGGUGAACAGUAAGGGCCUCCAUGACCCUGGUCCUGUCAGGUGGCCCCUGGCUCUCUGCCUCCUGGCUGCCUGGGUCAUCAUCUUCUUCUGCAUGCUCAAGGGCAUCCGCAGCUCUGGCAAGGUGGUUUAUGUGACUGCGACGUUCCCGUACUUCGUGCUGAUCGUUUUGAUCAUCAGGGGUGCUACACUGGAGGGGUCACUUCAGGGUGUGGCCUUCUACCUCACCCCUGACUGGGGCCGGCUGGCCAGUGCACAGGUGUGGAACGAUGCUGCCUCACAGGUCUUCUACUCGUUGGGGAUUGGUGUUGGGGGGCUGCUCUCCAUGGCCUCCUACAAUAAGUUUGACAACAAUGUCAUCAGGGACUGUCUGGUCAUCACCAUAGGGAACUGCAGCACCAGCUUCUUUGCGGGCUUCGCCAUAUUCUCAAUCCUGGGUCACAUGGCCUGGAGGAAGGGAGUGCCUGUUGGCGAGGUGGCAGAUACAGGUCCUGGUUUGGCGUUUGUGGCGUACCCAGAAGCCCUUGCUCUACUGCCAGGCUCGGUGUUCUGGUCCAUCCUCUUCUUCCUCAUGCUUUUCAUGCUGGGGGUCGACACUCUGUUUGGUAACAUGGAGGGCAUCACCACGGCUGUGCUGGAUGAGUUCCCACAGCUCAGAGCUAACAUGAAGCAGAAGUCUCUGUUCCUGGGACUGCUGUGUUUCGGCUUCUAUCUAAUGGGACUGCUGUUGAUCACUGAUGGAGGGAUUUAUUGGUUCACCCUAAUCGACUCCUUCGCCACUAGCUUCGGCCUCAUCAUCAUCACCCUCUUCAUGUGCAUUGGCAUCUCCUUCUUCUAUGGAGUGAACCAGUUUUGCCAGGACAUCAUUGACAUGAUCUGUCUCUGUCCUCCCUGGUGCAGCAAAGUGCUGCUCUACUUCAAAGCAUGCUGGGUAUUCUGCACCCCAUUUCUCCUACUGAUCAUUCUGACCUAUAUCUUCAUUGAGAUGUACAACACCCCGCUGCAGUAUGGUGCCUAUGUGUAUCCUCGCUGGGGCAAGGCACUGGGCGUGUGCAUGGGCGCCACCUGCUGUCUGCAGAUCCCCAUUUGGGCCAUCGUGGCCAUCAGCAAGGAGUCUGGGACACUGAAAAACCGUUUUAAGAAAUCCAUUCGACCUCUAAAUUCCUGGAGGGGCAACAACUUGAACAACAGUGGAGGAGGAGAGGAACGAGUAGAGCCGGAGAGGAUGGGGGCACCGUUCACAGUAAACCUGACAGACAGAGACACUGUCAACCUUACCGAGGUGGAUUUCACAGCUAUAGCCUGGGAAAAUGGGACAGAGGCAUGACCCUUCCUCACUGGUGGAGGUGAAGAGUAUAUCAUCACCUGCAGAACUUUGUAUGAAGAGACAAAGUAAGGAUGUCACUGUCCAGGCAUCAUACCCUGCCAGCCAGAAGGAUACCAUUUUGCCAUUUGCUAUACUGACACUUUAAAGAUCAUUUUUAUAACAAAGACUACUUAGAAAAUGUAUUGGAUUGUCCUUCAGGACAAUGUGAAUUGGUGGUUUUAUUUAUGCUUUAAAAAUACAUUUUACAUUGUCUAUUUGCAAUUUUGUUAGUGUGUAUAUAGCCUAAAGGCCAUGGCUGCAGCAUGCAUACACAGAGACCAUGGGUGUAUUCACUAAGAACUUAACAGAAUGAAACGGGGAGGGAUCUACCGGAAUUGCUCCAAUAGAAACUAGUUUUUACUGCAAAACAUUUUAGUCUACACUCUUAUCCUGAGCGACUUACAGCCUUGCUCAAGGGCACAUCAACAGAUUUUUUUACCUUGUCAGCUCAGGGAUUCAAACCAGUGACCUUUCAGUUACUGUCCCGAUGCUAUUAAUUGUUAGGCUACAUUUUUCAUUUGAAAUAAAUUGUUUCUGUUGCCAAAUGUUUUGGUCUAAUGAUUACACCCCAUGUUUUUCUUCAUGAGAGGACAAAUGUAGCGGUGCAGGGCAGGGCUGUUUCAGUGUCCGCUAACAAAGAGACGUGCUAUAGGACGAGAAUCACUGUGUGUGGUCUUCAUCUCAUCUCUAUUCUGAUCUGUAGCUCACCAGAGGUCUGACUAGCUGUGCAAAGAAAUAAAACAUAUAAUUUUAA